UGCUGAAAUAUUUUCCGCCAUGGCUGCCACCCUCAGCCUGAUAGGUUCUGCCACUUGGCAGCUGAUUGGCCUGGUUUCGUGAUUCCGUUUUUUCUGAGUUCUGAGAACCCCCAAUCAUCGGUUUCAUCUGGCAGCCAUGGCUGCCACGCGGUGCGUCGUGAACUCAUCUCCGUAUUCCGUCCUAUCGCAAAUCCAUGGCCUCCAGUAACGUCUCAUUAGGACAAUUCCCUGCUUGCAUUAGCGCCAUACACGCCAUCCGCAGAGGAUCGUCGUACUGCUGAUCUCAUCCCCGUCCGCUCCUGAUGCACGCGUGAAGCCAUAGAUUCGUAUCCGGUGAAAGCAGACUUUUGAGUCGCCUCAAUAGACCAGGCGAACCAUUCCGCCAGUUUCCGCUGCUUUUCUCGUUGAUAAUUAGCAGCAGUAGCACAGACCAGCAGCGAUCGCCAUGGCUGCGUCGGUGGCUCGUCCCGCCAGCGUCGCUCCGCUGAUUCGCUCAGCAGCGAGGGUUUUCAAGCCCAGGGCACAGCCACGGUCGUCGCAGCCCAGGGCUCUACAAACGGGUUCCAAGCCCAAGGCACAGACGCAUACGGGAGUUCCGGCGUCGCAAGCGUCGCAGGCGCCCCUCGCGUGCUCUCGCAGCAGUAGCACCGUGGCGGCGUGUCGAAUCGGCAAGUUUCAUCGAUUCGCGACUUCGCCGUCAGCUUCUCAGCAGCAGCACUAUUCGACGGGGGUCAGAUUCCUAGCGUCACUGCCCGCUCGGUCGCCGGGCAGGCCGCGCGGACAGUUCUCCUCCCUCUCGUUGAGAAUUUUGAAAAACGACUCCCUUUUAUCGGAGACGCCUGUAGCGGGGACGAGGGCUGGCGCGCGCAGGCGAGCUAGUAUCCGGUGUCACAGUAGCGAAGGCGCUGGUGGUGGGCAGUAUCGUGAAUCGGCGGGUGGUCGAGGGGAUAGUGUGACUAAUGCGGGGGAUAUAAAGGCGAAGGGGAGAGGGAGUGAGGGUGGGCAUGAGGAGCAUGGGAAUAGGCAUGGUUAUGAGCACGAUCAUGCGCGAGCCAUGGGUGUUGCACAUGCAGCGGAUCAUGAUGGUGAUCAUGCUGGUCAUAGGCAUGAUGACACGCAUGAUCACCGUCAUGAUGACCAUCAUGAUCACCAUCAUGACCAUCAUGGCAAUGAUCAUCAUGAUCAUGAUCAUAGUCACCGCAGCAGCUCUCAUGCGCACAGCCAUGCUCACAACCACCACAGUAACGGCCACCACCACGACGAUGACAACGACCAUGAUCACACGCACUCGCACGCACCCGAAACACAAGCGUCGCAGGCUCAGCACAGCCACAGCCACGGCCACGACCACGACCACGACCAUCAGUCCCAUGACCACACCCACGAUCACCAUAACCACCAUCCCCAUCCCCAUACCCACGACCACAGCCACAGCCACGACCACCACCCCCAUAACCAUCAUAACCACGAUUCGCAUGCCCAUCACAAUCACCAUCAUCAUAAUCACGACCACCAUCACCACCACCACGGGCCCCCCUCGCCGUCCUCCCUCAACGCGCCACAGCGCGCGCUGCUCUCGCUCUUCUCCGCCCUCCGCCUCGCCCCCCUGGCCGACCGAAUGCGGGAGAACGCGCCCCUUGCCUCCCUCUCCCUCGGCCUCUGCCUGGCCGCGUAUGCCGUGCCGCUCAUCGUGCAAUCCCAGCCGUUGGUGCAAAUGCUGCAGACGGGGCUCGUGGCCACCGCCCUCCCUCUCACUGCUAUCCCAGCCACUAUGGAUGCUCUGGUUGACAUAGCCGGGGGCUCGGUGAACAUCCAUGUGCUUAUGACGGUGGCAGCGCUGGCGUCGGUGGGCAUGGGGAAUGCUCUCGAGGGCACGCUGCUGCUCGCCAUGUUCUCCAUCUCGCAUAUAGCGGAGCACUAUUUCACCGAGAAAGCCCUGGGAGAUUUACGUUCGCUGCAGGACAGCAACCCUUCUACUGCUCUCCUCAUCGACCCGUCCUGCCUCUCUUCUGAGGGCGCUGCCUCUGCUGCUGCUGCUACGUCAAAGAACGAUGAUAUUGGCAGCAGCAGCAGCAGCAAUAGUAACGGCAAUGGCGGCAGCAGCAGCAGCAGUAAUGGCAGCAGCAGCAGCAGUAAUGGCAGCAGCAGCAGCAGUAAUGGCAGCAGCAACAGCAGCAAUGGUAGCGGCAACGGCAGCAUCAGCAGUGGUAGCGGCAGUAGCAGCAGCGGCAGGAGCGGGAGGAAAGAAGCUGGGGUGGCGUUUCCAGGGCUGGCUGCUCUCUCGUGGUCCGAAGUGCCUGUGGCAGACGUGCCUGUAGGCGCCAUGGUGCUGGUCAAAGCUGGCGAGGUCGUCCCCCUGGACGGCACGGUUCGCUUCGGCCGCUCCCUCGUGACCACCGAGCACCUCACCGGCGAGGCCCACCCGAUGGAGAAGCAUCCCGGGGACUCCCUCCCGGGGGGCUCGCGCACCGUCGACGGCUUCCUCGUCGUGGAAACUUCCCGGAAAUGGUCCGAGUCCACUGUGGCUCGGAUCAUGCAGUUGACAGAGCAAGCGAGGGCGCAGAGACCCCCCCUCCAGCGGUGGCUGGAUAAGUUUUCAGAGAGAUAUAGCCAAGCCGUGGUUGGCUUGUCGCUGGGGGUGGCUGUGCUUGGGCCAGUGCUGUUCGGCUGGCCGGUUUUAAGCUCCCCGGGGGUGCGUGGGUCGCUGUAUCGCGCGCUGGCGGUGAUGGUGGCGGCGUCGCCGUGCGCGCUGGCUGUUGCUCCCCUGGCUUACUUCUGUGCUCUCACCGCCUGUGCUGCCAAGGGUAUACUUUUGAAGGGCGGCCAUGCUUUAGAUGCGGUGGCGGCGUGCGACACAGUGGCAUUCGACAAGACAGGCACGCUCACCACGGGCCAGCUGAGCAUGCGCUUCAUUCAGCCGCUGCACUCCCACGCUGCCGACUCCGCCCCCUCCCUCCUCCUCGCCUCCUGCCCUCUCCCUUCCUCCCACUCCACCCCUUCCUUUCCCCCCUCCUCUCCCUCCUCUCCCUCCUCUCCCUCCUCUUCCUCCUCAUCCUCCCCUCGUUCUUCUGGGAGUGAGGGCACCUGGGACGAUUGCAGUACGCUUUCCAGCACCAGCAGCAAUUCACAAGGGGUGGAGUGCGGUGCGGACCAUAGGCAUGUGGUGGAGGAGACAGGGGUGGUGGUGGAGUGCACUAGCGUCAGCUGUGAGGCUGAGGCGUUGGCAGUCGCCGCUGCUCUUGAGCAAGCCGCCACCCACCCAAUUGCCAGAGCGUUGCAGGAAUAUGCAGACUCCAAGCAAACCACCCUACCAGGGGUGAACGUUAACAAUCUGCAGCUGGUGCCAGGGAGAGGGCUCACUGCCACCAUUUCCAGCAUGCCAGGAGAGAGCGACAAGUGGGGCCCACACGAGGCCCGCAUCGGCUCCCUGGAUUUCAUUGCUGAGGUGGCAGACGGCCAUUUGGCCAGCAGCCCAGCAGGGCACGCACCAUCCUCAGACCAGUCGUUCGCAUCCAGCCCACCAGUCCCACCACUCUCACCACCGCCCCCCGCUAUUCCCCCAAGCGACCUGAUCCGUGCGGCACUAGCAGUGGGCCAGAAGGUGACCCUCUUCCAUUUCGAGGACAAGCUACGCACGGGUGCCAGAGAGGUGGUGCAGGCGCUGCAGCAGCAGGGGGGGCUCAGCACGCGAAUGCUGACUGGUGAUCAUGAGGCGUCGGCACACCGAGUGGCUGCGGCGGUGGGGAUCGAGAGAGGGGAGGUGGAGGCGGAGUUGAGGCCGGAGGAUAAGCUGAGUGUGGUGGAGGAGAUGACCGGGAGGGCGAGGAGGGGUGGGAGGGGCGGUGUGCUGAUGGUGGGUGAUGGGAUCAAUGACGCGCCUGCUCUCGCUGCUGCCACGGUGGGAGUGGUGCUGGCAGAGCGAGCAAGCGCAACAGCGGUGGCAGCAGCGGACGUGCUUCUAUUAAAGGAUAACAUCUCAGAGCUGCCAUUCCUAGUGGCCAAGGCUCGCCAGACCACCUCCAUUGUGAAGCAGAGUGUGGCGCUGGCACUCACAUGCAUAGUGCUCGCAAUCCUGCCGGCCCUUCUGGGGCAAAUACCCCUCUGGCUCACGGUGUUGCUCCAUGAGGGCGGUACACUUCUCGUUUGCCUCAACUCUAUCAGAGCCCUCAACCCCACGUCCCUUCGGCCUCCCAGCCGCACAUCCCGCUUGCUCCAACGACUUAAGCUGCUACUGCAGAGGGGGGUGGGGAAACAGAGUGUCAGCACCGGCAAUAGUGCAGCUGCGAAGGGGCAGGUUUCAGCAGCAAGCACGCCUUGAGACAGCUUGUAGAAGUCGCCUUUUAAACACAAGAUUUAUUGCUGCUGGGGAAGCCGGGUGGUAGUAACAGUAACAGAGAAGCUGCCAAGGGGCGGUUUCAGCAGCAGACACGCCUGCUGUGAGGGACCUCUGAACUGAACCUGUUGCUGCUGCAGAGGGUGGUGGUGGGGAAACCCUGAUGUUGCAGGAGCUGCAGUGGGUGGUGGUGGAAAAGCUGCGUGGAAAUGCCUACUUUUGAGGCGCCUCAAAACGAGCUGCAGUGGGUGGUGAUGGAAAAGCUGCGUGGAAAUGCCAGUAACAUAGAAGCUGCGAAGGGGCUGUUUGGGGAAGGCAGCAGGCACGCCUUGAGCCUGCGGUGAGGGGUUUCCAACCAGAAUCUGAUGGCUGCUGCAUAGGGUGCUGCUGGGGAAACUCGGUGGCUUUUGAGGAAAGCUGCUGAGGCGGCUGUUUCUCAGGUCAGGCCCAAUGCUCCUGCUCGUUAUGCCUGCUCUGUUGGGACAAAUAUUUUAGGAAAGACAGGGUGAUUUUACGAAAGACAGGGUGAUUUUACGGAAGGUGCUGAAGGAUAUGUUCUGCACUAGGUACAAUCUCAGCCUUCCUGAGGAUGCUAUGCUGUGUGGAUCAGUGCCAUGAUUCAGAGCAGAUGUUGGGGAAGCUAGCUUCAUGUGUGGUCACACUUGGGAGGCUAGCGUCAUCUCAUACUGAGCAUGUUCAAUGCACAAACUGCCGCGACGAGAGGCCCGCAAGAAUGUACCCUUAGGGCGUAUUCCUAGAGUCCAGGAUCGGGAUCAGGAUCAGGAUCAGGAUGUUAGAAUGCGAGAAUAAUGAUAGAAACAAGAG